CAGAUUCAUAGAGCGAGCUGAGCUUCUGACUCUUUUAGAAAAAGAUCCAGUGGUUAUUUCAGGUUUUUUCGUGUGCUUGUGAUCAGCAACCGAAGGCAGAAUCAAAAGCAUGAAGCAGGGUUCUGCUGCACGGCCGAGCGCUGCGAGCACGGCCUACCCGUCCUCGGCGUCGGCUUCGGAGACCGAAACGCUCGGUGAGAACUCGUCGUCGUCAAAACCGGGGUCGCAAUUUCUAACAGCGAGUGGCGGGGUCGCGGAAGCGAAUGGCCGGAAAGUUCGUCUCGUCGGGGAGUACGGCAAGGCGCCAUGGGAGCAGGACGGGCCAGACGACGAGGCCAGUGAAGAGCAACGGUUCCGGGCGCGCAGACGAAAGAAGAGUCCGUUUUUGGAAAAGUAUCGACCGCCGAGCGCCAGCAGCGCGGGGCGGGCGCCCACUCCCACGCUGAUGACCACUGCAGCUGUCCCGUUGAUGCAGCUCGCCCUUGAAGAUGUGCAGUACCUUUCCCGAAGAGCGGUCCAGCCAUCCAGAAGCCGACCGGCAACAGUACUACAGAACUCGUCUUGUUCUGUUCCACUGACCACAAGCAUAAGAGUUUUUCCCGAUUUCAUAAUCAUGAAUGUUGAAUUCAAGGUACGACAUGAUUCAUUUCCAUAACAGGCCGGCGGUGUCCUGAUGGGUAAUUUGUGGGGUCCAAAGACGGGAGGUGUGCUAGCGGAAACGGGCACGAGCUCCAGCUCCUCCUCGAGUUUCUUAGGCACAACCCUGACCGUACGACCGAAGAGUAGCACUGGCGUGCCACGAACGCGCAGGCGUGCCGCUGUCGCGCUGGGCGGCGCACUCGCAACAUACAACUACGCGGUUGCGUCAACAGCUCAGUCUGCGGCAGAAGACGAGGAUGGCCGGGACGGCUCACAGAAGGCGCGCACAACGAAAACAGGUGGGACACUGCGCCCCACGUCGGUGCAAGGUCUUUUUCUUGAUGGCAAUGGCAACUACGUGGCGCCAAAUAAGGCCGAGAUCGACACCGUCGAGUCCAAGCGGAAAUUGCUCCAUGUCGCGAGGAAACAGAAGUACGGGGAGCAAGUCGCGGCGCGAAGACGAUCGUUCUGGGCGCAGCCGAGCAGUCUUUCCCUGCCCGCCAGAGUAUCAGUGGCGCGCGAGAUGAGUGACCUGGAAAAGGUACUUCGUGUGUGUGCAAGAGGAAAAUUCAGCUUGAAGUUCUGCCUACUUACUUCUAUCUUAUGUUCUACCAGUUCUUGGAUUGCACAGAUUGACGUUAAUCAUGCUGGUUUCGCUUUCGUAUCGUGUGGUUCGAAAAUGUAGUGAAUUUUCUAUCGACAAAGGUCGGAACACCUACAUCGCCGCUGGACGACGUGGAUUUGGAUGGCCACGGCGUGGUCGCAGAGCGAGUCCGUAAGCAGCAGCAGAAGCAGCAAAAGCUGUUCAAUUUUGUGGAUGAAAAGAUGCAGAUGCAGCACCUCAAGAUUCGCAACUACGUGCCACCACCUAAGAAGUACACGACGAUAGCAACUUUUUGCCUAUCUAACUUCAUUGGUCUGUGCACAUCCAUAGUGCAGCCACAGCGCGCCGCGCGUCGCGUGUGAUGAGAAAAUCAAAUUCGUGUAUUUGCUAUGCAAGAUCGACUGCGAUAUGGAUGAGGAGCAAGACACAUCAAAACCAAAUAAAGGUAUCGCAACCUGCAGUCCGCGUUUGCAGACUUGAACAGCUUCGAGAAGAAGAUACACAACCGACGUAUACCACUGAUUACCAUCGAUCACUCGGCAUCCAGUAACGCAUCCACCACUGCCUCUACGCCCACGGAUGAGCUCGGAAAGUCGACGAUACACUCAGCCUCUUCGUCCUCGCAUCAGGGGUCGAAGGUAUAAAUGAUACUCGUAUUGGAAAUAGGUGGCUCAGGCAUAAUGAUGCAUCGGUGCUGCAUCCAUCGCGAUCCGGAAUCAUGGAUUGAUGGCGUAGAAAGAUGCAGCUCCUCGCUCGGUGUCGGUACGCAAAACCAUAUUAAGAUGCAAAAUUUUCUUUACGUUCCGUCAAUAUGCUUGUCAGGUCGACGCGUUUUCUGGCGGCUCCUCUUCGUCGUCGAAGAUGUCCGGUGCAGAGCCACCACUUCUCAGCUCCCCAUUGCUGAAGCGGAUCCUUGGUCUGACCAAGCGCCUGGCGCGACUUUGCGCCGACAAUCCGGAGAAGCAGACGCAGCAACUUCUGCUGAACAAGGGCGGCGUGGGCAGUCUGUUGCAUUCCCUGGGCAACAUCCUCGCCUUCGUGGACGCCGAGGAGCGGAAAUUUCCCUCGCCGACGCCGUUUCGCAAGCACUGUCCGGUGUUCGUGAACUACCUUGAUACGCUGCCGAAACUCAGCCGCACGGAGCGCAUCCUCACGCCGGCUGCGUUUGGCCAAGAGAACUUGUUCGAAUUCUUUCAGCAGAAACUAGGCCGCGAGCUAGACCACGUCAACGAGUUCCUCAACUCGGCAGCUACAACCGUGGCUGCGUGA